CGUCACGGGAUCGCGCUCGUGCGGAGACGAAGGACCCCUGAGCGACUGGCGCAGUGCCUGUGUGAUUUCGGGGGUGGAGGAGACGCAAAGCCGGUGUGUAACAGCUACAGCGCCAUGUCGUCGUUCACCGGGGAUCCCAACUUCUGCCCCGAGUGCGGGAACGUACUGCCUCUGCCAGGGAGGCAAGACACCGUCACCUGCCCUCGCUGCGGCUACUGCAUCCCCGUAGUAGAAAUCGCAGCUCAGGAAAUCAAGGCUACGGUCGUCUUUAACCAACUGGAGCAGUCCUCAAUAGCUAUGCAGGACGAAGGAGACUCAGACCUCAAGGGACCUGUGAUUGACAGGCGGUGCUCUCGCUGCAACAAAGAAGGGAUGGUUUACCACACCAGGCAGAUGAGAUCUGCAGAUGAGGGACAAACGGUUUUUUUCACAUGUGUACACUGCAGGUAUCAAGAGAAAGAGGACUCAUAAGAAAACAGACGAGCAGAAAACAGUCCGUGGAGCUCAGUGUAUUCAUUCAGCAUGACAUGACAUUGCCUGACAUGACAUUACUAAGCUAUUUGACAUCCUCAGUUUCUUAUUCUGUUUUGUGGCUGUGAUGGUGCAGGUAAUUUGCUAGGUUUUAUAUAGAUGUUUUUUACAUAAUGCUGUCAUAACAUGUAAAUAAAGAUGCCAUAAUAAAGAGA